GGGCGAGGUUCUUGAGUUCUUUCUACGCAAUUGUCCAUUUCUUGAAACACUGGUAGUUCAUGGAUCAGGAACAUUGCUAAAUUUGGAAGUUGUUGGUCAGUCCCUCUAGCUGAGGCACUUGGAGAUAUGGUACUGCUAUUAUGUAGAAUCACUAGAAAUUUGUGAUACAAACCUUAUAAUACUAAAGACUUCAUCAGAAAGGGAAUUACUGCUUAAGAAUGUCCCUAUGCUGGUUGAGGUUGACAUUUUGGGUACACCAAGCACCCAUUUAUUGGAUGACAUAUCCUCUCGUCUUUCUUGCAUUCUCUCUCAGCUGGAGGUCCUUACAUUACAAGAUUCUGGUUCGUUGUUUGAUCUUUCACAUGAAGAUUUGGAGCAUUACAAUUUUCCUGAACUUACGAAGCUCAAGAAAUUUGUUUUAACUACAUUCAGAAGUACAUACAAAGGGGAAGACCAGAGCCUCUUAGGUUGCACGUCUAUAAUAAGGGCUGCCCCACAGUUGAAAGAAUUUGUACUACACUUGAUGUCACGCCCCUUCACGGUAAACAGAGAGUGUAAGAAGGCCAUAAAAUGCCCACUCCAUCACCUCAAAGUGGUCAAAUUGUGGGGCUUUUAUAGCGGCACAUUUCAUCUUGAACUCGUUAGGUACUUUUUGGAAAAUGCUGUUGCUCUCGAGAAAAUCAUCAUCGAUCCUACGAGUCCACUUUUUUGUCGCGUCCCCUGGAGCCCCGAGGAAAUCAAACAUCAGCAAAGAGCAAGAAAUCUUGCUAAGCUCCAGCUUGAAGGUGAAGUGCCUCCAGCUAUUGAGUUGGUGAUAUUGUAAUGUGGUUUAUUAACGAAAAUAAUAAUGUUAUGAGGGUUAAUUUUAUGAUUGUAUGUCCCCCGGGGGAUAAUUUAUUUUC